UCCGUUUUUAUCUGUCCCUCCACGUCACCGCUCUUCUCCCUCCCUCAGAAGACGGCUGCCUGACCAGCAAAGCUCUGUCUGCGGGGACAGCGCCGGCGUCACCGUCUUCGUGGCCACGCGAACCCUCGACUACGAGUUCGUCCAGCUUUACAAACUCAACCUGCAGAUUGUGAACGAGCGCAACGCCCGCCUGGAGCAGCAGGUCUUGGUCACCAUUGUGGACAUGAACGACAACGCGCCGCUGCUGCAGCCCUUCGACGGCGCGGUGCUGGAGAACACGGACAGCACGCUCAUCACCACCAUCCAGGCCGUGGACAAGGACGCCUCCCCAGAGUACAGGAAGCUCACGUACUCGUUCGACGCCACGGCCUCCCACGACGUGAUCACCAAGUUCACCCUCAAGACCAACGGGGAGCUGUGGACGACGGGACCGCUGGACCGGGAGGAGGUGAGCCAGUACCGCGUGCCCAUCCAGGUGACCGACGGCGUGCCAGAUCACGAGCGCAUGACCACCUACUGGAUCACGGUGCAGGACCUCAACGACGUGGCGCCCCAGUUCGACCUCUCGCAGGGGGUGUACGAGGUACAGCUGCCCGAGAACAGGGAAGCCGGCAAGCCCACGGGGAUACGCCUGGCCGUAGAUGACCAGGACAUAGUCAAUCACUUCACGUUCGAAAUCGUCGAGGGAAAUGAAGAGAGAAAAUUCCGGAUCGACCCGCUGGUGAACAAGCCGCUGGACUACGACUACCCCGUGAUGGACCGAAACGUGAGUCCCCUUGUAGGGAUAACUAGCUUGAGGGGUGCCGGGCUUAUAUUAGGCAGUCUCCCAGUACCCUUGGCGGCUAGGGCGUGAGGACUUCCUUGUUUACCGUAGUCCCACCAGUGAAGUAACUUUAGUCUUUGCACUGCUGGCUGAAUGGUGCCUGAUGGGGAAAAUAUCAAACCCUGAGCGUGGAUUUGAUGUUUUUAUGACGUCAGUAAAGUAUUUAUGAGAGUUCGGGAUUUUUAUAUUUUGUAGCUAGGGCGCGAGCAAUACCAAACACGGGGUAGUUAUUUUCAUGAUGUUAUUAUGGUAUUCAUGGGUGUUUGGGACCUUUUGGAGCUGAGCCACGAUUUACG